UCCGUCAUACUUUACUGUCACUGUUACACUGUGUCACUGUUCCACCUCACUUUACUGUCACUGUUACUCUGUGCCACUGUUCCACCACACUUUACUGUCAAUGUUCCACUGUGUCACUGUUCCACCACACUUUACUAUCACUGUUACUCUAUCUGUGCCACUGUUUCACCACACUUUACUGUCACUGUUACACUGUGUCACUGUUCCACCUCACUUUACUGUCACUGUUACACUGUGUCACUGUUCCACCACACUUUACUGUCACUGUUACUCUGUGCCACCACACUUUACUGUCAAUGUUCCACUGUGUCACUGUUCCACCACACUUUACUAUCACUGUUACUCUGUGCCACUGUUCCACCACACUUUACUGUCACUGUUACUCUGUGCCACCACACUUUACUGUCAAUGUUCCACUGUGUCACUGUUCCACCACACUUUACUAUCACUGUUACUCUGUGCCACUGUUCCACCACACUUUACUGUCACUGUUACACUGUUCCACCUCACUUUACUGUCACUGUUACACUGUGUCACUGUUCCACCACACUUUACUAUCACUGUUACUCUAUCUGUGCCACUGUUCCACCACACUUUACUGUCACUGUUACACUAUGUCACUGUUCCACCUCACUUUACUGUCACUGUUACACUGUUCCACCACACUUUACUGUCACUGUUACUCUAUCUGUGCCACUGUUCCACCACACUUUACUGUCACUGUUACACUGUUCCACCACACUUUACUGUAACUGUUACACUGUUCUACCACACAUUACUGUCACUGUCACACUGUGCCGGACUUAGCUGUCAUCGUUACACUGUUACACUGUUCCACCACACUUUACUGUCACUGUUACACUGUUCUACCACACAUUGCUGUCACUGUUCCACCACACUUAGCGGUCAUCGUUACACUGUUUUGUUCUACCACACUUUACUAUCACUGUUACACUGUGCCACCACACUUUGUCACUGUUACACUGUGCCACUGUUCCACUACACUUUACUGCCACCGUUACACUGUUCUAC